UAGGAGUGGAAGAGACAUGUUGAAACAAAAGCAGCUGCAUAGAAAAAAGAAAUCAGCCCCAUGCCCCUUCGAUAACACGGAACUGCAGCUAUACGACGAGAAGGGGCGUGUGUGAGCGCAAAGGAUAAAAAACAAACAAAAAAGCAAUGUGCGGAGGUGUUGAACAAAAACAUUAACAAACACGAAAUACCAAUAGUUGGAACCAAUGGAAUGAAUUCAGUCAAUCAAAACAUACAGAUAGAUUAGCCAGCCAAUUUGCCAGACGCAAGACGCAGGGCGCCAGUGUCAGCGCAUUUAUGAAGCGACGGAUGAUGAGUUAUCAAUUAUUCACGAACACAGAACAUCGAACAAGAAUAUGGCAAGAGAACAUUAGCAAACUUUCCCCCAAAAGCAUUAUUAUGAAACACUUUUCAAACCACUCCGUAACCGUAACGUAGCUGUUGCUCGCACUUUAAGAAACUACACAGAACAGAAAACCCCUUGACACCGGUGCGGUCCGCACUGUAGUAGUAGCGCAGAUGCAGGUACAAUAGGAACUAGGAAGAUAGCAAGCGUGAUCAAUUUCAUUCAAUUCUCCACACUCCCUCGCUCGUUAUGAUGGGAACAGAAUGCCAAACCAAACACAGGAGAACAUGGAAACAGAGUAAGAUGAUCCCCCGUUCCCUAGUAAGUUUUUGUUUUGGUUUUGUAAUUUAACUCAGUCCAUCACAGGCAUCACAGUGGCGGAAUGAAUGGCCCUGGUAAGGAGUGAUUCGGCAAAGUCAGGAUGAGCAACAGGGAGGUAUCGAAUGGUGGUGUCAACACAGAAGGAAAAGUAGCUAUUACUAUUUACUGAUAUUUAGAGAGGGAUAGUGAGAAAGUGAGCGAGGGAAGGUGGAACUCAAACGAGGGCACGAAUAGGGAUGGAACUCAACACAAUUUUUAGAAACGCACCAGCAUUAUCCCUUCACGAGGAUAGAGAGAUAUAUGUAUGUGUAUAGAUUUGAAUAUAUUUUAGAAGCAACGAGGCGCGCCACACAUCAUGCUAGGGAGAAUAGAACGAGGAGAACACCUAUUAUGCUCACACAUCACACAUAUACCUACACGGUCGGUCGGUCGGUCGGUCAUCGUCUAAGUCAUGCUUCAUUGAAAGCUUGUCCAUCAGCUCUGUUCUCUGUCCCCCUUUGGAAGCCAGGGAAUGGUUGGUAACACUGAGUGCGUUUCAAGUGAUAAGUAACACAGGUACACAAAAAAGUCGUCCGGGCACGCAAAGGAGCGCAUAGUUCCCCGGUGGUUCAGGAGGAACCGUCACAGGAGGUUGUUUGUUUUAGUUCAGGUGUCCAGUAGCCAGGGAUCAUUUCAUUUCGAUCGUUCCGAGACCUGCCUUCGGUUUUGCCAAUAGAAAGUAUCGUUUACUAUGCUGAGGUUGAAACCCGGGGUUAGCUCCCGCCUUAGGUUUAAGGCUGUUUAGUUUAGUAGAGUUUGCACACGCGCGCUUAUUUCUGUGCUGUCCAGUUUGAUUGUUGGAUUGUUAAUGAGAUGAUGACGACGGCGACGAGGAGAGUUCAGCACAGGGGCUAGGCAUUAAGCAAUCACACGGUAGCUCGAUCACAUCAACUGCAAAAAGGCGUAAAACACAUUCACACAGCACCACGAUCUCGAUUCUCGGUAGCAGAAACAAAACGGCCCCUGUUAUAGCGCUGCCACCACACUGCGCCGAUACUAUUGUGUUUGUGAGAGGGAGAGAAAGCAGGUUGUACUUAUCUUCUUAGUUUUUUACUUGAUUUUUGAAUUAUUUUAGCAUUAUGUUUUACAAGCGUUAAUCAAACAAUCGCGAGUGCGGUGUCGUGUAUCUUUUCCUUUUGCUUUUUACCAUAUUUUUUACGUUUUAGCUACUAAAGGUUCUCGGCUAUCAAGUUAUGCUCGUUCGCUCUUUAAACACGCGCUCUACCACCUUACACCUGUCGUUGUUUGCUUUUCAGCAAGAAAAGAAAAAAAAAGAAAGAAACACAAUUGCAACACGGAACCGUUUGCUGCGUGUGGAGCGGAUCUCAAGAAUCAGGUUUUUCUUUUGCAACCCCGGUAGAAACCAACAAAUACGUAUAGAAACACGAGGGAAAAUGAACCAGAAGAUCGAUGAUGCGCUGCGGUGCAGAUAGGACGAUAAGAUUCCAGCAACAAACCAAUUCUGAUUGCGUCCUUCCCUCCUCCCAAAAUAAAUCCUUUCGAAUUAAAAG